UAUAGUUCAAAAAUAUAUAGUUCAUUUCAAUUAUCAAAUUCAUAAAUUGAAAGCAACGUGAUUUUCCCAAUGAAAAAUUUGUCAUACAAAUCAAAACAUUCUAUAUAUUUAUUUUUUUUGUUAGAAAACUAGCCGUUCACACACGAACACGUUUAACCGUACCCCCUCUCCUUCUCGUAGUUACACAAUUGUAGAAAAGACAAAAAAAGAACCGAGUCGGAAGUCUUGUUGUGGUUUUGUUUUUUGCUCCGAUCUAGCAUUUAUUUAAAUUCCAGAUAUGAGUAUUUUGAGUGUGCGAUGUCUAAGUCAAAAGUUCUGCCGGCAGGCAUACAUUUUGGCCAACAGAAGCAUACUGUCGCCGACCCAGAAGCUUCCGCCGACGAAUGGUACCUGCCGGCCGGCACACGACAGUUUAUAUCAUAUGGUAAAGAAACGAACUCUCGAGGCGCGUACUAAAUUGCAAGCCAAUAAAUAUCCGAAUCAUCAAGCCUGUCUGACAACACCGAGAUCGUCGGAAUAUGAGCAAGAUUAUGAUGAUCCGCCACCCGGCUAUACAACAACAAAUAUUAAUAACAAUAAUAAUCCCCCAUAUACCACAAUGCCCUCCUCAUCAUCCCCGCCAGUGUCAUCCUCAUCCCAGUCGAGCGGCAGCAGUUAUAAAAAUAUCCCCAAUCAAGAACCACAAUACAAAGUGGGUUAUGCGGACUGCAGAACUGUGUGCUCGGCAUCUGAGGUUCUCAAGUCGUCCGAGUGUGAGAAAUCCAAGCCGGUGAUUGAUCCCUGCAAACAGGAGAAGGAUCCUUGCGAAGAAUUUCGUCGUAUACGCCGGGAGACUAAUACGGUUGGUGGUAGUGGGGAUGGUAGCGAUGGUGCUGGUGGUUCUGGUGGUGCUGGUGGUGGACAAGGAGAUAAAGAUUGUGAAGAAAAGAAUCGGGCUUUGAAACUAAAAUGCUUGUUGGGUGCUUUGGCUGCUCUUUUGGCAGGAGGUUUCUUGGCCUGGAUUCUUUCAAAUCGGUCCAAAGAUGGUUCCGGCAAAGGCGCUGGCGAUGGCGAUGAUGACGAGGAUUCGGAAACGGCAUUGAAACGUGCCCAAAUAACCGGAAAAGUGACAACGCCGGCUAGCUCUGAGAGUCUACCGAAGCAUGUGCCCUAUCUAAUCAUUGGUGGUGGAACAGCUGCAUUUUCUGCCUUCCGUGCCAUCAAAUCGAAUGAUGCUACUGCCAAAGUACUUAUGAUUAGCAAUGAAUAUCGUAAACCAUAUAUGCGACCACCACUGUCCAAGGAACUGUGGUAUACACCCAAUGCCAAUGAGGAUCCCAUUAAAGAUUACCGCUUUAAGCAAUGGACAGGCUCAGAGCGAAGUUUGUACUUUGAGCCAGAUGAGUAUUUCAUGGAUCCUGAAAAGCUGGAGGACAGCGUAAAAGGUGGCAUAGCCGUUGCUCAAGGUUUCGCCGUAAAGAAAGUGGAUGCACAGAAUCGCGUUGUGACAUUGAACGACGGCUAUCAAAUCGCUUACGAUGAGUGUCUCAUAGCGACGGGCUGUGCCCCGAAAAAUUUGACAAUGUUCCGCGACGCACCCCCCAGUGUACGCGAAAAGGUGAUGGUCUAUCGUACCCCAGAAGAUUUUGAUAGAUUACGUCGUUAUGCCAAGGAGAAACGUUCCAUUACCAUAGUGGGUAAUGGUUUCAUUGGCAGCGAAUUGGCAUGCUCUCUGGCACAUUUCUCUAAGCAGAAUGGAGGUGGCAAGGUGUAUCAGGUGUUUCAGGAGAAGGGCAACAUGUCUAAGGUGUUGCCCAACUACUUGAGUGCCUGGACCAUGAAGAAAAUGGAGGAAUUGGGUGUAUGUGUUAUACCAGAUGCCAGCAUUCGGGAAGCCGCUCGGGAUGAGUCUCACCUAAAGUUGGAACUAAAUAAUGGCAUGACAUUGCUAUCCGAUAUUGUGGUCGUAUGUGUGGGUUGCUCUCCAAAUACGGCUCUUGCCAAUCCUAGCCGUUUGGAGGUGGAUCGUAGUCUUGGUGGUUUUGUUGUCAACGCUGAAUUGGAAGCAAGACGCAAUCUUUAUGUUGCUGGAGAUGCCUCAUGCUUUUAUGAUCCCUUACUGGGCAGAAGGCGAGUGGAACAUCAUGAUCAUUCGGUGGUCUCGGGACGACUUGCGGGCGAGAAUAUGACAGGAGCAAAGAAACCAUAUCAGCACCAGAGUAUGUUUUGGUCAGAUCUGGGACCGGAAGUUGGAUACGAAGGUAUCGGACUGGUCGACUCUUCUCUGCCCACAGUUGGUGUCUUUGCCCUGCCCUCUGCGUCCGAACGUCAGGCAGAUAACUUAACAGAAUCCGAGAAUAGCUCUGAAAACCAUAGAACAGUUGAAACCUCCAUUGGUGAUUCUGAGAAAACAUCUCCUUUUGAGUGUGAAUCCGAUGAAAAGGAAGAAUACGGAAAGGGUGUUAUUUUUUAUCUCAAAAAUGAUAAAAUCGUUGGCAUUCUGCUAUGGAAUCUAUUCAAUCGAAUAGGCCUGGCCAGGACAAUAAUUAAUCAAAAUAAGAAAUAUGAUGACCUCAAUGAGGUGGCUAAACUUUUCGAGAUUCAUUCGUAGAAUUUGCUAACUGAGACAGAAAAUGCGACAACCUUGUAUAUAAACUAGAACAUAACGGCACAAAAAUGCAACAGAAAUUUUAGUUUUAUUAUA